AUGCCUACUCUUCUCCCCUUAUCCGAAAUCCCCUCGAUGAGGCGUAACCUACUGUACGCCAUGUCCGCUACGUGGUACUCGUCAUUCAUCCUUCGUUUUCUCCUCGGCCUUAUGGCGUCUCCGUGUCUCCCAACCGUUGGGGCUUCGUUCGGAGAUAUCUGGCGGCCUCCACAAUUCCCCUUUGCAAUCGCCGUGUGGGCCGCAGUUGCUACAAUGUCUCCUGCUCUCGGCCCAACAAUUUCGAGUUUUGCUAUAGAGAUACUAGGGUGGAGGUUUGUCAUGUGGCAGUUACUCAUCAUUUCCCGUCCUAUUUACCUCAUUUUGGUAUGUUGCCUACUAGGAACAUCGGGAUUAACGAUUCUGUAUUACCAGGCUAAAUGUGCAAGGAAAGGAAUAGAGAAUCCUGAGCUCAUCACUGAGGCUGAAGAAAAGCGAAAGAACAUCGCUGUUAGAAGUCUACUCAGGGAUGCCUUCGCCAAACCCUGGGAGAUGAAUAUCAAGGACCCGGCGCUCUUGUUCUCGACAAUAAACCUUGGACUUGAUGUCUUCACUGACAAGACCAAGUCAGUACCUCUAGUCUUCCCCGUCCAUUACGGCUUCAGGCCUACAGGUGCGAGUCUGGUCUUCUUGUCCGCAGCUCCUGCCACCAUUCUCGCCCUCGCAGCACACUGCCUCUACCUCCACCAGCGCAUUAUGCCACAGUUAGCUGCGGGAACCUUUGGCGAGCUCGAGAAUUUCUUGAUUCCAGGGCUGGUAUCAAGCGCUCUGACAUCUCGCCCUGCAAUCCACUGGAUGGCGCCGGCUAUUGGUCUUGCUUUGACGAAUUUUGGUAUCUACUACGUUGCGCAAAGGAUUUUCUUGUACUUCCGAGCAAUAUAUCCGCUUUAUGCGACGAGUAUCUUUGCUGCCAAUAGUUGCGCAAGGAGUGUUCUGGCGAAGACCACAGUGCUGGGAGUCUGCUUGGAGGGUUAA